GGGUGGGCCUCCCGCGAGGACUACAGAGACGCGUUCAACGCGUUUCUCGUCAAGUGGCCGAAUUGCGCGGCCCCCGGCGACGCGUCGGCGGCGCCGUUCAUACUCGAGAAAGUCGGCGGCCCGGGCGCGGCGAUAUUCGACUUCGGCGCGGAGGGGCCCAUAUUCGGCGCGGACGCGCUGAAGAUACCGCUGGGGCGAGCGCCGUCGAUGGGGUCGUCCUACGCCGCGAUCGGCGGGGAGGCGCUCUUCGGCGGCGGCAAGACCGCGAAGAGCCGCCUCGGGAGCGCGUACGCGUCGCCUCCCGACGGCACCGGGUCGCUGUUCGGC